AUCUAUUGUAAUACACAAAAUCACUUUGUCCCUAUAAAUGGCUAAUCUUUCUUGGAUUUUCGAUUUCCGUGUUAAGCAAGCCUUCACCAUUUUCACUUUACUUCACUUCUAAUCUUCUCAAUUCUCAUAUCUAUGAUACCCUUUAUCUUUAUGUUCCAUUCUUUGGAUGUAUUUUUCUUAAUUGGGUAUCCUCAAAAAAGUUAAAUUUACAUUCUUGGCUUUCUGGGUGUUUCUAGUUUUUUCUUAUUUGGUUGAGAAAUGGAACAAGAAGGAUCGAAAGGGGCUGUGACGGUGGCUGCUUCAGCAGCGGCACCAACGUCUUUAGCACCGGGAUUCAGGUUCCAUCCGACGGAUGAGGAAUUAGUUAGGUACUAUCUACGGCGAAAAGUGUGUGGGAAGCCAUUCAGAUUUCAAGCUGUUACUGAAAUUGAUGUAUACAAAUCUGAACCUUGUGACCUUGCAGAAUAUUCAUCGGUAAAGAGCAGAGAUAUGGAGUGGUACUUUUUCAGCCCUGUGGAUAAGAAGUAUUGUAAUGGAUCUCGACUUAACCGAGCUACUGGUCAAGGCUAUUGGAAAGCUACUGGGAAAGAUCGUCAUAUCAGCCAUAAGUCUCAGGCCAUUGGGAUGAAGAAGACACUCGUUUUCCAUAGUGGUCGAGCUCCCGAUGGCAAGAGAACUAAUUGGGUAAUGCAUGAGUACAGGCUUGCGGACAAAGAGUUGGAAAAGGCUGGAAUCAUGCAGGAUUCCUUUGUUCUAUGUAGAAUCUUCCAAAAAAGCGGUUUGGGACCACCAACUGGUGACAGAUAUGCACCAUUUAUCGAGGAGGAAUGGGAUGAUGAUUCAGCCGUGCUUCCUGGAGGAGAGACAGAGGGUGAUGCAGUGAAUGGUGUUGACGCACGAGUUGAGAGCAACGAUCUUGACCAGGAUGCUCCGCCCAAGAUUGCUUGUGAUAGUGAGAACGUGAUUGAACUUCAAAGUCUUCCAUUUGCUUGCAAGAGGGAGAGAUCAGAUGAACCUGAACUUCUCUCUUUAAGCCAAACUAAGAAAUCGAAGCAUGAUGUUCCAAGCUCUAGCCGUGCAAAUGGUUCUGAAGAUUCAACUAUUACUAGUCAAGAUCCGGUGAAUAUGAUGACGACAAAAGAUUACCCCCUAUCUCUCUUAGGAUUCCCCUUGUUAGAGUCCUUUGAGCCCAAGGAAACCCAACCUUCUAAUCCCCUCACAUUUGAUUCCUCCAACCUUGAAAAAUCCGUCCCUCCAGGCUACCUGAAGUUCAUUAGCAAUUUAGAGACGGAGAUACUAAAUGUCUCCAUGGAAAGGGAGACACUGAAGAUUGAAGUGAUGAGAGCUCAAGCCAUGAUCAACGUUCUUCAAUCGCGGAUUGAUCUCUUGACCAAAGAGAACGAAGACAUGAGAAAACUUGUUCGAGGUGGUUAGACAAUAACAGCGUUUCGAUGCGGUUUAGUUUCAUACUAUCUUCAGGAAGAGCAAGAUAGUAAAGAGAUGUUUGAGACAUUUCUGUAGUUCUUGUUGUAACCUGGAUCAUAUGUACCUUUUAGGUAUCUGCAGAAUUUUUUUUUA